AUGAUUAUCCUUGGUUCGAUGAUGCUGCUGCGUCGUCCAUUGGUACAAGCCUUUCACAGUCGAGUUAUUCCUGCUAGAACCACAACUGCUACCAGAUUUUCUACUGGUACCCACAGAUGGCAACAUGGCUUGCUGGCCACGGCACCCACCUCUUUUGAUGACGGAAAAGGACCAUUUCAAAUCACUACUCCCAUCUAUUACGUGAAUGAUAAACCACACAUUGGUCACGCUUACACUUCCGUGGCGUGCGAUGUGAUUGCGAGAUUUAUGCGUCUCAGUGGACGAGACGUCUUUUUUCUGAGUGGCACGGACGAACACGGCCAAAAAGUGGAACAAUCCGCGGCGGACCGGGGAAUACCACCACAAGAGUUUGUCGAUUCGGUAUCGGUCAAUUUCCGCGAUCUCCUAGACUUGCUCAACAUUUCCAAUGAUCAAUUCAUUCGCACUACCGAUGCCCAGCACAAAGAUGCCGUCCAACAUUUGUGGAAGACACUGGUGGACAAGGGAUACAUUUAUUUGGGAACUUACGAAGGAUGGUACUCGGUGCGAGAUGAAUGUUUCUAUUCGGAAUCGGAAUUGGUAGAUGGAAACGCACCCACGGGAGCUGCCGUCGAAUGGGUGGCCAAGGAAGAAUCGUACUUUUUCAAACUCAGUGCUUUUGAAGAUAAACUCCUGCAAUGGUACAAGGAUUGCCCCGAUUGUAUCGCUCCCUCAUCGCGUCGCAACGAAGUAUUGUCCUUUGUCGAAGGAGGACUGCGAGAUUUGUCCGUCAGUCGAACAUCCUUCAAAUGGGGAGUCCCCGUUCCAGGUGACGAUGAUCAUAUCAUGUACGUGUGGAUUGAUGCCCUGACCAAUUACAUUAGUGCAUUGGGAUAUCCCAAUGACAACAACAACAAUUUCGAAAAGUUUUGGCCGGCACAGUUGCAUGUCGUGGGAAAGGAUAUUCUAAGAUUCCAUGCCGUCUACUGGCCGGCAUUUCUCAUGGCAGCGGAUAUUCCACUGCCCAAGCGACUCUUUGCUCAUGGAUGGUGGACCAAAGACGGUGAAAAGAUUUCCAAAUCACUCGGGAAUGUCAUUGAUCCUGUCGAGCUGGUAGAGAAGUAUGGCGUUGAUCAAACACGCUUUUUCUUGAUGGCCGAAGUCGGUUUUGGUAGUGACGGCGACUUUUCCCACAAAUCAAUGAUUCAAAAAGUGAACAACAAUCUUGCCAAUGAAUUGGGCAAUCUGUGUCAACGUACACUCUCCAUGGCGUUUAAGAAUUGUGGCAAAGCCAUCCCGGCCGAAGUGGGAGACUACACACCCGAAGAUGAAGCAUUGUUAAAAGAAGCGGCUCGAUUGAAAGACCAAUGCUCGGAAUUCAUGAGCGUACAAGCCAUUCAUAAAUAUUCACAAGCAGUUGUUGGCAUGGUGCGAAGUGCCAACAAGUACAUUGACGAACAGGCACCAUGGGUCCUUCGUAAGACUGAUCCCGAAAGAAUGGCAACCGUCCUUUACGUCAUUCUGGAGGUGGUACGACAAGUCGCCAUCCUUUACCAACCCAUCAUCCCCGACUCGGCCAACAAAAUACUGGAUCUUCUUCAGGUACCCGAGGAUGAACGGACGUUUGCCCAUUUGGAGACGUCACCGAUUGUCAAGGGCGUUUCUAUCAGCAAACCAACCGGAGUAUUCCCACGAAUUGAAAUGCCAGAGGAAAUGUUGGUGGAGGCAUAA